AUGAGUGGAGAAUUUGAAAUGAGUAUGAUGGGUGUGUUAAACUUCUUCCUUGGCUUGAAAAUCAAAGAAACUGAAGAAGGAAUCAUGAUCCAUCAACAAAAAUAUAUAAAGGAACUGAUCAAGAAAUACAAGUUGGAUAAUGCUAAAACCAACAAGACUCCUACGGGUACUGGAACUACAUUGGAUGAAGAUCCAUCUGGAACUUGCAUUGAUCAAACUAUGUAUCGGGGUAUGAUUGGCUCUCUACUUUACUUAACAGCUAGUAGAUCUGACAUAUCUUUUAGUGUAGGUCUAUGUGUUAGGUUCCAAGCUAAUCCAAAGGAAUCUCACUUGAUAGCAGUAAAGAGAAUCCUUCGAUACUUGAAAGGAACUGAUGACUUGAGUCUCUUCUAUCCUAGAUCUAAUGCUUUUGACUUAAAUUUCUUUACUGAUGCUGACUAUGCAGAAAAAGAAGCCUCAACUAUAGAUGUGCUUCAACGACUGAGAGAAUGGAAGGAGAAGAAAGCAAAGUCAAAAUCGCUAGAAGAGCACAUCGAGGAAGUGAAAGAUUUUGCUGAGGGGAAACUUCAUAAUGAAGUAGAGGAAGAGGAAGAGAUGGAGAUUGAUGAUGAACAGAAGUCACUGGAAAAGUUGUUUGGAAAGUAUGUUGUUGGCUAUAGACUUGAUCUAUCUUGGGUUAAAAAAUCUAGGUUUAUGGAAUUUCUAGACUUAAUUUUCUUUCAAGAAUGGGAGGAUAUGUUGGUUAAAGCUUUGAAUAAUUGCAUGUACCCAGCAGCAAUGAAUGAAUUUUGUGAAAAAAUUGUUGUGAAACAAGGAAUAAUUUCGAGUUUAAUCAAUGAAGUAAAAAUUGAGUUUGAUGUUGAAACCCUAGGAACAAUUCUGAAAGUUCCAACUAAGGGUUAUGAGAUGUAUGUGAAAGGUUGUGAAGGUAGGAAACUUUUUAGGUGGAGACAUAGUGGAGUUUCUAGAAGGAAAAAGAGGAAAGAAUACAAUGAACCAUAA